CUUCCAUCAGCCUCAAUCAAUUGCCUCACACAUAGAUCAGAAUCACCUUUUCGUUCCUAUUUAACAAGCUUACAAAGGGGUCACAUAGCAGAUUGUGUAUUAUUGUAUCAGCAAUUAAUUUAAUUUUGUUAGAAAAGAAUAGCAAUUUGUGCAAAGUGAUGGCUGCUGAUUGGGCUCCGGUGGUUGUAUCAGUGGUGCUGUUUGUGCUACUGAGCCCAGGGCUACUGUUCCAGCUCCCGGCUAAGGGGAGGGUGGUGGCUUUUGGGAGCAUGCAAACUAGUGGUCUCUCUAUCUUGGUCCAUACCAUCAUCUUCUUUGGACUCGUUACCAUUUUUCUACUUGCUAUUGGUGUUCAUAUCUACUCUGGAUAAUCAAAUCAUUCCCUAACAAUGUAGCACUAUUAAUUUCUUUUCUUUGUCCUUGAUGUUUUCAUUUUUUUAUUCUUGUUUGAAUUAUUUGUUGUACUUUGACAAUAUGUAACAAACGAUGGGUAACUUUCUUUUUCUAUCCAUCUUACUUAUGGUAUAUUAAUAUUAUUUAUGUGUCUAAA